GCUGCCCAAUACCACGCUGCUUGGUCCUUUUUUGGUGGGUGGUUCUGUAACGGGUUUCCUCCUCUUUGUCUGAGGAGGAGUAGCAAGGAUCGGACCAAUUUGCAGCGUGGUAAGUGUCCAUAAUGAUAUAUUUAAUAAAUCAAACAGAACACUGAACGAAAUAACAAAAGUACAAACAAACAACCCAAAACAGUCCCGUAUGGUGAAAACACUAACACAGGAUACAACCACCCACAAAACACAAAGGGAAAACAGGCUACCUAAAUAUGGCUCCCAAUCAGAGACAACGACUGACACCUGCGUCUGAUUGAGAACCAUACUAGGCCAAACAAAUAGAAAAUACCUAAUAGAACAAAACAUAGAAAAACAACAUAGAAUGCCCACCCCAACUCACGCCCUGACCAAACUAAAAUAAAGACAUAACAAAGGAACUAAGGUCAGAACGUGACAAGAAAGUCAUGAACCAUGAUCACACUGCGUAUGACUGGUUCAGUGCAUAUAGAGUACUUCCAUCGUGAGGUUAGUUCCUCCGUGGAUAACAUAGCUAUGAAAUAGACUCCUUCAUACCUAUCACCACUACAAUGGUGUAAGACACAUUGACAUGUAGUAAAACUACUACAGGUCCCCUUAACAUAUGCCUUGAGGUCAACAUCAAUUCUUACUGACCUCCAGGCAUUGACCUGGAAAUGACCUGAUUACGUCAGACUCAUUCUGAACAGGUUGCAGCCUACCAGGAUACUUGGUGUUCUUUCCCUUGGCAUGUGCGCUUGUGUAAGCAUAAACACACAUGUACAACGGAACUUUUAAUGAGGAUUUAUUCUAGGAUCACUUAAGGGUUCGAGCAAAAUACCAGCCUUAGUAAAGUUGAAAGUGUACUCUGAGGCCUUUGACUCUACAGCUACAGUACUCACCAGUUUCUCCACAGAGGUCCAUAGAUCAUCCCUGUAGACUGGCCGAAGCUGCUGCUUUACAGCUGUAGACUUAUCAUGUAGUUAUCAACUUAGGAUAGUGCCCUUGGCAACACACCGCGAAUUAGGAACGCCCUAGAUAUGACAUUAGACAAUGCCAUGAUUGGGUCAUUUUGUCAAGACCGUGGACGUAUAUAGAAUACAGUCCAAUUAGAUGAGUAAGGUGUGAUAACUACAGUUUGUAUAUCUUUUGUUUAUGCUUUUAUUAUUUUUCGUUUCAUUUCCUUUGACACUUAGGAAGUGAUAGAGCCAUAAACACGUGCCCCUUACAACCAUCGCUUAGUGCCACAACGCUGCUCAUUUGGGAAGAAAUUGAAUGAUGUAUUUUGUGAGUGUAUGUGUGUGUUGUUAACAUCUGCCUAAGUUACUGCCUAGGUCCACCAGCCUGGACGACCAGACGACGUGUCCUUAACGGCGAUCCCAAUCCGGACAUCCGCUGCCCAUCCUGGUGGUGGACUGCUCCAUUGGCAGAAGGCCUACCAGGGUAAACCACCAGAGGGGGUCCGCAACGGCGAUCACCAACCAGGACAUCCCGUGGCCAUUCUUAUGGUGAUUUGCAGCUGUAAGAAAGCCUACCAGGGUAAACCACCAGGGGGGUACUGCUACGCUGAUCCAAAAACCAGGACAUGCGAGGUUCAUUCUUAUGGUGGGUUGCAACUUGCAGGAUCCUUCCAAGUUAAAUCCACCAGAGUGGGACUGUCAUGACUCUCCUGUGAAGAUCUGAAGGAUCAAGUUACAGUGGGUCUGCUCUACAGCGCCCUCUCUCUCCCGCAGAAGAGGAGAGGGGUGAAGUUGGCCAUUUUAUGACUGUAACGACUCCCACCGAAGGUGGCUCCCCUCCCUGUUCGGGUGGUGCUCGGCGGUCGUCGUCACCGGCCUACUAGCUGCUACUGACUUUUCCUCCCCCUCCCUUUUUGUUGAUUAUUGACACCUGUUUGUGGUUAGGGUGAUUUGUGGGGCUUUAUUACCCAGCAGCCCGGCCUGCUGGGUGUGCGGGAUUGUUUUGUGUACAUGUUGUACAUGCUUGUGUGUCACGGUUCGUGUACGUUGUCUCAUUGGUAUUUCGUGUUCUCGUUUAUGUGGUGGAGCAUUCAUUUUAGAGUGGCGUCGUGUUCACCUGUUUGUGGUAUUAAAUUAGAACGCUACUCUGAACUCUCUGUCUCCUGCGUGUGACUCCUUCCUCCACUACACCCCGGGCAUUACAAUGACGGUCAUAAAUACCUGUAGAAACUCUCUCUCUCCCACUCUGCAGAAAUGGAGGUUAAAAAUCCCAUUUGUUACAACAGAGAGAGAAUUUGUAGUGCUGUGACAUCCAAGAUUGGACAAUGAAACAAUGAAUGAACAAUGAAACAACAGUUGGAAUGGUCCGUGGGUACUUAAAGAACAAUUAUGUCAGAUCAGUUGUUGUUUUGGCAUCUCAUUAAGGACGGAAUAACAACGUUUUUUUAUUGACUGAACAUUUAUGAAGCAAUUUAACAAUUAGGAUUUGUUAUCUGCAAUGGUUAUGAUAAGUUAGGCAUUGUUGCUCACUGUUGGCAUAACAAUAAAUGUGCACAUAUUUUUUUCCAGUUUCAGCCGCCCUUGUUCUAAUCAUGCGUGUACAGUCAAAAAAGGUAAAAUACCCAUCCCUAUCCAUGACAGAUUUCUCUAUACAUUAAUAGUUUGAGGCUGAUCUUCCCCCCAUUAAUUGCAAUGUAUUAACUUAGACUCAUAUAUUGUGAAUACAUUUUAGUAAAAACCGUAGCAGAUUGACCCCUACCUGCUGAUACAAGGCUGAAACCGCAACUAAAAUUGAGAAAUACCCAUAGACUGCAGUCACUGCUCAAUAGACGAAAAAUAACGCCUAUUUUGAAGAUUUCGCAACUUGGGUUUUCCGUGGAGGGAGGAGUUGAACUUUAUGGUACAAGAUUCACUUCCUUCCUCAUGGCAAUAAGCAGAGCACCAAGAAAGAUCUAAAAUGAUUGAAUGAUUUAUUUCCUUAAAUGUAAAUAUGUUGUCGUAGCACUUAGCCCGUAACUAUAAACCGAUAACGCAGUUUAUGUUGAAGUCUAUAAGAAAGAAUGGUGUCUGAUUGACUUAUCCAAUAGCUUACUGAAAUAUUAACUUUUGUUGGUGGCUUUAUCUACUCCUAAAUCCAGCAACAAAAAUGCGAGGAGUGUCAUUUCAAGUAAAUUACAAGUGGCAUCUGGAACAUCGAACGGGGGCUCACUGAGAUUUGCAUACCGCAGAACCUCUAAGUAGUUUACGACGGCUGGCAGUCAUUCGUCAAACGGACAGGUUGGCUACGUUUGAUGCGUAAUAUACUCUAGCCUACUACUGAGCCGCAUCUCGAGGGUGCUCGACUGUGUCGCUUUGAUUGGAAGGAUUCCCAACACCGUGUGGCUGUCGUUUGUCAUAUGAUUUAUGGUCCAGUGGUGAAUGGUACACUAAAACAAAACCGUUACUGGCAAGACCGCCGUGCCCCUCGUUCCUCUCUGAUCGUAAGUUUGUCUGACUCAGCUGCAGCCGACUGUCUCCUCACCCUGCGACAGCCACUCUGCCUUGCCUGGGGUGUCAGCGUUCCCGUUGCCGUUUUCAGCGCUACAGGGUGGACUUGUGGAGAUGGCUCUCUUCAUCACAGCUCUCCUGUCUCUCUCAGUUGCCAUGGUGGGAGUAGGUGGGGUUACUCCAGCCACCACUUCAUCCAGUGUCCACUCAGUGAUCCAGUGCCACGACUGGGGCGAGUCAGGCGGAGCCGUGAGGGUGAUGGAGGGGGAGGCAUGCUGUCUUCUCUGCCCUCUCUUCUCCCACCCCACUGUCUACAACUACAGCUCGGUCCAGGCAGCAGGCCUCAACCUUGUGUGGUACCACGUGGCUGCAGGUCAGGACCUGGAACAACCCAUCGACUUCCACCACCCCGACCAGAGGCUCAGCAAGGAGAGGGAGAAGCUCUGGCUGCAGCCCACCACCACGCAGGACGCGGGCCAGUACAUCUGCAUGCUGAGAAACAGGACAUCGUGUGCCAAGAUUGCCAUGCGCCUGGAGGUGUUGCCAAGUGGCCAGGACCCUGACUGUGAGGUGAAGGCUGCUGUACCUCCCACCCCAGUCAUCGUGCCCAUACAGGAGGGCAGGACCCUAACCUGCCCUGACCUGGAGGACAUCAAGCUGCCUAACACUAGCCACUCUGUCACCUGGUACCAUGAGUGCAAUGCCUUCGGGAACGUCAACAUCGAUCGUGUGUUAAAAGGAGACACUCUGGUCAUCCAUGUAAUGUUGGAGCACUACCAAGGACUGUACCACUGUGUGGUCACUUAUGAGACCAAAGGAAGAGCCAUCAAAUUCACCAGAGUGGUCAAUGUAACCGCAGUGUCUCCCAGUGGUUUACCCAAACAGCCAAAUAUACUCAACCCUGCCAAGGAGCAACUCUAUCCUGUCAAAAAAGGGUCAGAGGUGAAUCUCACAUGCAGGGUGUCAUUGCCCUACCUGGAAGGACCCAGGGAGACCUGGUGGACCAUCGAUGGGAAGACUGUAGAUCAGCUAGCUGAUCCCCGCAUCUCAUUCACUUCUAGGGUGGUGUUGAAUUAUUUUGAGGACUGGACAGUUGAGAAUGUGCUCCGCAUCCAGGACUUCAGCUCAGAGGACCUGACCAGAGAAUACAACUGCUCCGGACGCAACGGCCAAGGUGUAGCGACCCGCAGGGCAGUGCUCGAAGAGGAGGUGUACCUGCCAUCCGUGGAGCUGGGCUGUGGCCUGGGCGUGACUCUGUUCCUGAUGCUGGUGCUGUUCGUGGUCUACCACAUCUUCUGGCUGGAGCUGCUGCUGCUCUAUCGCUCCUGGUUUGGAACCGACGAACGCUGUACAGACGACAAGGAGUAUGACAUCUACAUCUCGUACGCGAGGAAUAGCGAGGAGGAGCAAUUUGUGCUCUUCACACUCCGCAGGGUCCUGGAGAAUGAGCUGGGCUAUACCGUCUGCAUCUUCGACAGGGACAGCCUUCCUGGAGGGACCAUCACUGACGAGACGCUGACCUUUGUGGGCCGCAGUCGCCGCGUCCUGGUGGUGCUCAGCCCAGGAUACGGCCUCCAGGGGACCCAGGCCCUGCUGGAGCUCAAGGCAGGGCUAGACAGCAUGGCGUGGGGUGGACAUCUGCGGGUCAUCCUGGUCCAGUAUAAGCCCUUGAGGCGGGACGGCUGGGUGCGCGAGCUGAGGCGAGCGAGAGUAGCCCUGGUGUUGGUCCGAUGGCAAGGGGACAAAUCCAGCGAUCUGUCCUCUAGGUUCUGGAAGCGACUCCGGGUGGAGCUACCUGUCAGAAGGAUUAAAGACAAGCUACAGAGCCAAGAUAGUAACGUUAUACCACUGAAGAAUAUAGUUAUAGACACAUAGCGAGCAUAAUAACAUAGUGGAGACGCAACUCGCACUUAGAAUACAGAAUGGCAUAGCAUAUAUGUGACAUACGCACGCCCGCCCGACCACACACACACACCAUUGUUCCAUUAUUACACUGUCGUUUUGUUUCCUUUUUGUGAGUGAGAAACCAUUCAUCCAUUUGUUUUGUAUUCUGUUAAAUGCUCUUUUGAAAGGGUCUCGCAUUGUCUCAUUUUGUAUACUUUCAUAUGUAAAUAUUUAUCUGAAUAAAUGCAUUUUUUUCAUA